AUGCAGGCCAUGUCGCGUGUUGCGCAGACGGAGAGGACGCCACUGGGCUUGGCUGAGGCACUGAUCCUGCUGCAGUUAUCGUCGGGAGAGCUCAAAAUCACCGCAUUUCUACUCGCUGCAGCGGGUGCCAGUGAGACGGGCCCAGCCCUGGCCAUGGUUGGCAGCGAGGACGACGAGGAAGCGCUGGGCGCACUUCUGGUUCUGAAGGCAGAAAGAAGUGGGCAAGCUGCACCGUGCCGUACAAAGGUCUCCGCGCAGUCUCAGAGACAUUACCUCGAGCUGUUUUUUGCAUGCAUGCGUGGUGUUUCAACAAACCGUUCGCAAAGCAAGGGAAGCAUAGCGUGA